AGAGUGCUAGUUUUGUAUUUGAAUUGUACAGAAUUUAUUUAAUUUUUAUUUAUGAUGUGACAGAAGAAUAAAACAAUUUUCAUUUGCUAUGGAUUUAACAUAUUAUCUACAUUAUGCUUGCAAUCUGCAACCAAUGUGAAGAAAAUUUGCAAUAAAAAUAAAUAUAUAUGUAUGUUAAAUGUCAAUAUACACACGUAUAACCGAUCGGAGGGCACAUAAAAAUGUUAUGGGCACUGACACAUGUUUGAUUUUUAACCUCUUUUUCCCUCUCUCUUUUCUCUCUUUUUUUUGUAGUAAGGAGUAAAUGUCUGGCUAGCACAUCAUGUGGCACGCGCCAUGAACGGAAUACAUAACCGACAAUAACUACAUAUCAUCUAGCAAGUGUUGCUCUGUCAUAACCUGCACCUUUCGACAUUAGCAAUAAAUAUAGUGAUUAACAUAGUAUUAUUACCGAUUAUUGGAUAUAUCGGUUACAUUGGCUAUGCGAUGAGUUGUAUUCCCAUAGAACGAUGCCUGCUCACCGCAAAACUCUUGUAUUGAAAUUGUCAUUUUGCACACUAUAUAUAAUAGGUAUUUUCAUUAUCGCUCGGCAAAUAUUUCGUGCCGAUGACAAUUCUAAGAGUUAUAAGGAUCAGCUACCAUUUCCAAGAGAAGACAAUAAUUCGCAGAUACAGAAACAUGUGAAUAUUGCAUUACAAAGUUUGCAGAAGGAAAGGUAUGAGAAGCAAAUAUUAAAGUUAGAAUAUGAUGUUGUACCUGGACUUGGUGAAAAUGGACAACCUGCUUACCUUUAUGGAAAAGAUAAGUUUCGAGGUGAAGCAUCAUUGAAAAAAAAAGCGUUGAACGUUGUUCUCUCAAAUAAGAUAUCAUUAACUAGAAAAUUACCAGAUAUACGCAACCCACUAUGCAUGAAUCUUACAUAUGACAGAUUAUUACCAAGUGCUAGUGUUAUAAUUAUUUUUUAUAACGAACCAUGGAGUGUUCUGUUACGUACAGUACACAGUGUCCUAAAGGAUUCUCCACCACAUUUGUUGAAAGAAAUUAUUUUGGUUGAUGAUCAUAGUGAGGAAGAAGAACUUCAGGGACAAUUGAAUUAUUAUAUUUCAACACGUUUACCUGCAAAAGUAAAGUUAUUAAGGUUAUCAUAUAGACAAGGACUGAUACGCGCUCGUCUUCAUGGAGCUAGAAAUGCUAAAGGCGAUGUUCUUGUUUUUCUGGAUGCACAUUGCGAAGUUAUCAAAGACUGGUUACAACCAUUGCUACAGCGAAUAAAGGAUAAUAAAAAUGCUGUAUUGAUGCCAAUAAUUGAUAAUAUUUCCGAGGAGACACUAGAAUAUUUUCAUGAUAAUGAAGCAUCUUUCUUUCAAGUUGGUGGAUUUACAUGGUCUGGUCACUUUACAUGGAUAAAUAUUCAGAAGCAUGAGAUCGAGUCACGUUCCUCUCCUAUAUCACCAACUAGGUCUCCUACUAUGGCAGGUGGUUUGUUUGCUAUUAACAGAAAGUAUUUUUGGGAAAUUGGUAGUUAUGAUGAUAAAAUGGAUGGUUGGGGAGGAGAAAAUCUGGAGAUGUCUUUCAGAAUUUGGCAAUGUGGUGGUACAUUGGAAAUCAUUCCUUGUUCUCGAGUUGGUCAUAUUUUCCGAAACUUUCAUCCAUAUAAAUUUCCAAAUGAUAAAGAUACUCAUGGAAUAAAUACUGCUCGUUUAGCAUUUGUAUGGAUGGAUGGAUAUAAGAGAUUAUUUUUGCUUCAUCGUAGUGAGUUCAAGGAUAAUCCAAAACUUUUUGGAGAUAUAAGCGAACGUUUAGAAUUGCGUAAAAGACUCAAAUGCAAAAGUUUCAAAUGGUAUCUUGAUAAUAUUUAUCCAGAAAAAUUUAUCCCUGAUGAAAAUGUGGUGGCAUAUGGCCGUGUUAGAUUACGCAGUAAACAAUUGUGCCUAGAUAAUUUACAACAUGAGGAAGAUAAACCAUACAAUCUAGGUUUAUACAGUUGUCAUACUAAAUUAUAUCCAAGCCAGUUUUUUUCAUUGAGCAAUUCUGGCGAAUUACGGAAGGAAGAUACUUGUGGGAUAAUAUUAGAUGACAAUCAACAACCACAUGUACAAGUUCAAAUGACCGAGUGCAAUAGUGAAAAUGGCGAAAAAGAUUGGAUAUUGACUAAUGAUGGCAGAAUAAUACAUGUAGAAAGUGGACUCUGUCUCGAUGGUACUGGAUUACAUAGUGACGAAAAUGUACGAGCGACUAGCUGCGCUAAUAUACCGGAUCAAUUUUGGAAAUUUGAUUUCUACAAUAAUAAAAUGCUAUCUGCAUAGCAUAUAUUUAUUGUAUAUACUCGCGUAUUUAGAGUACAUGCAUUAAUUGGAACACAUUAAUGAAUAAUAAUUUUUUACUGUUUCUGCUAAA